UAAUAAUAAUAUUUUAUUAUUUAUACCCCGCCCAUCUGGCCGGGUUUCUCCAGCCACUCUGGGUGGCUUCCAAAAGAAAAAUGAAAUAAAAUAAUCUAUUAAACAUUAAAGUGGAGGCUUGACAGCCAUCUGUCAGGAAUGCUUUGGUGGUGUUUCCUGCUUGGCAGGGGGUUGGACUGGAUGGCCCUUGUGGUCUCUUCCAACUCAAAGUGCAAGUAUCUCCUACGUAUGUCACAGGAACAUCCAUCUCACUUGUCUGCCUUAAUCUCCAGCAGAACCAGAGACCUACAGCAGGAGAGUCAUGUCCCAAAGUUGCUGGCUUGCAUCUGCUUUGCAUCUCCACAUGAGAAGAGUGACGGUUCAGCAACAGUUUCGCUGUCUGCUUGACAUUACACUGGCCUGCUGCAUCAUGAAGGAAGGGAGGUAUUGAAUGUUGAUUAAUAUAUAUUCUUCAACAACUUGGGAAAUAGCUAUGUCUUAAAAGAUACAUUACAUAUUUUGGAAAGUGGUUUUUCUGCCUAUCUGCCAUUUGUUCUCCACAGGUUCGGCCACCUCUCAAGAUACCAUCACCAAAAUCGGCAAGAGGGUUCCCCAAGGUCCUCAUGGACACCAUUUUGAUUCCAUAUAGCAGACUGAAACAUGUUCUUGCAUGACUUCACCCAUGUUUUGACAUACUAGUUUUGGCUGCCUCUUGACAUACUGCUGCCAAACUCAGCAUGAGGGCUCCUGAGGUGGGAGUGGCCAUAUUCAUGGAUGUUUGGAUGCCCUGCACCAUUUUGAAUCAAGAGGGUGGACCAAAAUGUGACUUUGGUAUGACUUUGUCUGAUUUUUGGCAUGACAGAUCCAAACUCACAAAUUGCACUAUCCAUUUAAAAAACACAGUAUUUGAUGGUCUCUACAAAUUCCCAAGCAGCACAGGGCAAUCGCUACUAGUAAAAUAAGAAGUAAGCAAAUAAUGGAUAUUUUUUCCUUUUUUUUUGAGGGUGAGAAGUGCACAGAACACUGAUAGAGAAGGCUAAGGACUAUCUAUCCCAAAUCCCCAGCCACAAGAGGAUAGGUAUUUUUUGACAAAAUAUUGGAACACAUCAGAUAAAAGCUUCAGCAUUUAUUUCAUCCAUGAUGGUAAAAGAGACAUCUGAAUUGCUCACAAAUUGACAGAGGAAGAACUUUGAUCUCUGUGUCCCAAAUUAACUGAUGGAAAUCAUUACCCACAGGAUGAGGCCCUGGCCACUUUUGAUAGCAAUUUCUUUUCAAAGGAUUAGAUGCAUUAAUGCAGUGUUUCUCAACCUUUUUUGGGCCACGGCACACUUGUUCCGUGAAAAAAAUCACGAGGCACACCACCAUUAAAAAAGUUUAAAAAAUUAACUCUGUGCCGCCCUAUAUUGACUAUAAUUAUGACUGUAAGAAACACUUGCCAAUUGCUGUGUUGGUUGCAAUCUCCUGUAAUAAGGCUUCACAAGCCGUCCGGUGGGUUAGCACUGUUUAUUGGCAGCCGCCAGGCUCGUUUGCACUGAGCUUUGGGAAAGAGGAGGAGAAAUAUUGCUUUCCGGCGGGUUAGUGUUGUUUAUUGGCGGCCGCCAGGCACGUGACAAUGCAAAUCGCCCUUCUCGUCGCCGCACGUCGCGGCACACCAGCCAGCGUCUCGCGGCACACUAGUGUGCCGCGGAACAGCGGUUGAGAAACGCUGCAUUAAUGGACCAUUAACAUUAGAGCCUUGGGCAGCUGCUAUAUAAGAGUGUGGAAUUAUAGAUUUCUGAGACACAAACCAGGAAUGGGUAGCCCUGGCUACACUUGUGUGGAUUGCAGCCACAGCCAGGAGAUAAUUCUUUUAGUCUUUCAUGAGAAAGGAGAACCCACCGCAAGAGGUGAAGAAACACAUUUUUGACUUUACAUUUCCUUUGGGUGCCUCAAAAACGUCUGUUGGGAAAACACUGUAGGCAAACUGCUUCCUGUUUUCACGUGUGUGCCCUGAGGACUUUGUUGUUCUGGGAUUUAAGGGUCAAAUCUGUCUCUUCUGCCCCCUCACCAUUCAUUCAACCCACCUCUGCCUAGUCUAAUGAGAUCACCCAGGCAAGUUUACACAACUCCUUCUGUCAUUCAGCAAGGUUAAUCCAGGUAAAUGAAUAGAAAUCCCUAAGCUUCAACAGUGAUAUAACUUGAGGGAGUACAAUCCACAUUCCAUCUCUACCCACUCACAAAGGAAAGAAUCUUGGAGGGGACAAAUCUGUGCUGGCAUCAAGCAUGCUUCUCCCUGUCAGUAAACAGGUUGUGCCAAAGGUGAUGAGUGAUUUGCUUACCUGGACUGAUUAUGAGAGGCCCAAGGGUACGCCUCACCUCGCCUCAGUUUUAUUUCUGCUGGGAAGGAUAGAAAGGAUAGAUGGUAGAGAGGGAAUGGAAUGGAGUACUGUGCAAAAGGGGCAUGACUUCAGCCCCAAACUGGACUGGAGGCACUCCAUGCUGCAACAUUUGGUUGUAGGUUCCUCUCCUUUGCGUGGAUUUCCAUUGCAUAUACUUGGCUUUAGUUAUAGCAGGGCAGGAGGCGGUCAAUGGAACAUGCUGGAGUCCACUUUAGGCAGGUGGGCAGGGCCACUUGCAUGCCAAUCACCUGAUGCCAUGAGACAGGAGAACCCCUACCAGUGGCUACCAGCUACAAUGGCUAUACAGUAAUGCCAUUUGCUGGAGACGGAGGCAGAUUCAGGGCAGUGUGACCGAUUCCCCCACCCUGGAUACCCAGCCUAGGAGCGGUGCAGCGUGUUGCAAUGGUGACGUAGUGAAUUGAGCAGAACAGAAGGCAUUGGCCUAGAUGGGUCAAGGGCUUCUCAUGUUCUUACCACAAGCUGCUUUGGUUUUGUUUUGCAUAUUUUCUUAUUUUCAGCCUAGAACUAUAAUGGACUUAAUUACAAGGCUGGAUUAACCCCCCCAUUCCACCCCAAUUGUUACAAUAAAGUUAAAAAAUACAUGAUAUUUGAACAAUGCAGACUAUGAAAUUCAUGGCACAAGAAUUCCCCCUUUAGCUUUUUUGAAACCUAUCUGUCUAUAUUCACAGGCCUUUCUGCAACAAUGAACCAGUCUCUAACUCCAGACUCCGUAUUAGCCCUCCUGGCCAUUGGAAGUGAUUUAAAUCCCACCCUUGUUCACAAGGCUCUUUUGCUGGUUGCAAAUGGACUCAAAAUAAUCAAACACUGGAAGUCUGGAUCAGGUUGCUCUAGGGAUUGAUAGUUUGAGAGGGUGUGGGGCACAGUGGUGUAGCAUGGGGCACCUCAGAUAUGCACCUCAGAUAUGCUGAUGACACAACCUUGAUGGCAGAAAGUGAGGAGGAAUUAAAGAAUCUUUUAAUGAGGAUGAAGGAGGAGAGCACAAAAUAUGGUCUGAAGCUCAACAUCAAAAAAACCAAGAUCAUGGCCACUAGUCCCAUCACCUCCUGGCAAAUUGAAGGGGAAGAAACGGAGGCAGUGAGAGAUUUACUUUCUUGGGUUCCAUGAUCACUGCAGAUGGUGACAGCAGUCACGAAAUUAAAAGACGCCUGCCUCUUGGGACAAAAGCAAUGGGAAACCUAGACAGCAUCUUAAAAAGCAGAGCCAUCACCUUGCCGACAAAGGUCCAUACAGUUAAAGCUAUGGUUUUCCCAGUAGUGAUGUACGGAAGUGAGAGCUGGACCAUAAAGAAGGCUGAUCGCCGAAGAAUUGAUGCUUUUGAAUUAUGGUGCUGAAGGAGACUCUUGAGAGUCCCAUGGACUGCAAGAAGAUCAAAGCUAUCCAUUCUGAAGGAAAUCAGCCCUGAGUGCUCACUGGAAGGACAGAUCCUGAAGCUGAGGCUCCAAUAUUUUGGCUACCUCAUGAGAAGAGAAGAAUCCUUGGAAAAGACCCUGAUGUUGGGAAAGAUUGAGGGCACUAGGAGAAGGUGACGACAGAGGAUGAGAUGGUUGGACAGUGUUCUCGAAGCUACGAACAUGAGUUUGACCAAACUGUGGGAGGCAGUGGAAGACAGGAGUGCCUGGCAUGCUCUGGGUCAUGGGGUCAUGAAGAGUCGGACACAACUAAAUGACUAAACAACAACAACAAAAACGACAACAACAACAGGACGGUUCUAAGAGACGGUACAAAAUGAGACCAUUUUUAUGUUGCCUGGCUUCUUACAUCCUUCAUAAAGAGAAGCAGCUUGCUUCAUAGACCCCCAACGACAUAUUGCUCCACUGAAUGCCAACUUGAAUAAAAUAUGGGGGGAGUUAAGCCCCGCCCCACAUGAUCACCUGAUGCGGUGCACACACACCAUUUGAAUGACAAUGCCCUUAAACUUUGGGGGCAGGGUUGGCCCCCUCAAAUAUUUUAUUGGAGGGCUGAAGACCCCUUGGCCCCUAGAAGCUGAUUCCUAUGUUGUGCCAGGCAGAGAAGCUCCCUUAUUGCACAAUUUGACUCUUCCUUCCAAAAUGUCCCUUUGAGGAAUCUGUUUUAUGACUCUGUGUCUGCAACGGUGUUCUGACCCUUAUGUUCAGUUCCAGCUGCAGUGAUGUGUUCCUCUCUGCCCUUGUUCUUUGUUUUGUAUUGCUUUUAUUGCAUAUUGCUUUUGAAAACUCAGUGAAGCAUUUUUAAAAACCCAAACUGUCUGUUCACUGGGUUUUUACCUGCCAUAUUCUGUCUGCCUCACUUCUGUUACGGUGAUUGUCCUUUAAGGAUGCAAGUUUAAAUGUUCUACCUUAGAGACUGAGAGGCCUGAGGCUGAAAUGUGGCUGUCAAGUCUCUCUGGAGGCCUCCCCCCUCCCUCCAAGAAGACCCCCCUCCCUCCUCACCCUCCCCAGUGCUCUGGCUGGGCUGCAACUGUGAAACUGCCUCCUGCUUACCUGGGUGAGAUGGAUGCAGAUCAAAACCUCUCUGACCUUUUGGCAGGGCUGGAAUGUCCGUUGCUUGGUCCACUUUUGCCUUUGGCACAACCAGCCAAAGGUUGUGGCCCCGGAAGCUCCCUUGGGAGGGAAUGUGGCUUUUGGGGCGGAAAAAGCUCCUCCUUCCUUUAACACCAUUAAUUUAGUUGAAAAUGUGGCAAGGCUUGAUAGAAACUGCCUUGGAAUGUGUGUUGCGGGGUGUGUGUGUGUGUGUGUGUGACAAAAGGAAAGUGUUUAUUUUUAUUUCUUUAAGAAGUCAAUUUACUGAGUCAGUUUAUAGGUGAAGACAGGUGCAUAUCUAUUUACAAACUUUGGAUAUGUGCCAGCGUUCUAUCUUACCUGUGUGUGUUUAUGCACUUAUUCCCUAAACUUGAAGAUGAAAUGAAAAACACGACGGUCGGUGUGAAAAUACCCCAAAUAGCAAGCAAGCGAGCAAACAAAACAAUAUUGGGCGGGUCGAAGGCCUCACCUGUAGGUUUACCUGCCCUGAAAGCUCCCGGAGGCUCUGCGAAGGCGCUAUUCCCCGUGGCGGCCACCAGGUGGCGUGUGCAGCAGCCGGUGCGGUUGCGCGAGAGAGUCCGCGCGCGCGGCCGGGAGGAGAAGGGCUUCUUCCCUGGCAAGCGCGGGAGGAAAGGCGCCUGCGGAUCCCACGGGGCUUCUUCUCCCCGUCCUGGGCUCUGGGAUUGACUGCAAGGAGCAGGAGCGCUCGCUCCGCAUCCCAUGUGGAGCUCUUGGAGCAGCGACUUCAGCCUGGAAAUCUCCCGGAGAGCCCAGAGAUAUUGACAAGGAGCUUACUGUAACCCACCCUGAAUUUCUUUAUCACACUGGACACAUCACAUUAAGAGUCACUAACCAUGGCACACAAUUUUAAAGGCUUUUUAAGGCUUCUGAGCUCCAUUGUGGUCCUUGGAUUUCAGCUUGUCAUUCCGCAGCCCUCCAUCGAACACAGAAAGGUUCCACAGAGGAUAGGAGAGCCAAGUGCUGCCACGGAAGCCGACAGCGCAGGAGCCCCGGGGGCAUGGGGCACCUGGGGGCCCUGGUCGGCCUGCUCCCGAAGCUGCAGUGGUGGCGUGAUGGAGCAGACAAGGCCCUGCCUCCCAGGACACUAUUACGAGAGGAGCCACGUCAGGCCUGGGCAGUUCCCAACCUCUGAAAGGACUCUUGCUCUCCAGCCUCCGCACCGACACGAACACGUGCUCAGUCCGUUCUCUGGGCACAUCAUCUCUGCCAUCCGUACGUCGGUGCCUCUUCAUCGGAACGAAGAUAGGCUGCAAGCAGGACUCCAGGCCAGAGCCUCCUCCGAAGGGCGGAAUGUCAGCCACUUGAGCAGGGGAGCCUUGAGAGGCCGCCGGCCCUCACAGUCCCAGAGGCGCAGCCCCAAAGCUGAAAGAAGAAGCAGAAAUAAAAGCCCCAUUGGACCUGGGAAGUAUGGCUACGGACAAGUGCCCUAUAUCCUACCACUGCAGACUGACACUGGGCAGGAGCCCAACAAGCCACGCAGGAGGCAGCGGCAGGCAGCCCAGAAUACAGCCAGCCAGCAAUGGGCAACAUCGGCUCAGAGCUCUUUUGCUCAUCCUUUUAACCCUUCGCCUCGCCAUGGAAACUUAUACCAAGAGGACUCCAGGCCCCCGCCCAGGACUCCGGUUUCCAGUGACUCUGUUUACCCCGAGGCCGGGCCCCACUUGCAAGCCUUUCCAGCAUCUCAGAGUUUGUUCCACGGCACAGAGCUGGUCUCUCAUGUUCCUGUUGCUCACCAGUCAGUUCAAAGCCAGACUCCCACUCAGAGGACCUCUGCGAUUGUGUGCACUGGAGCCUAUAAGCAGUACAAACUCUGCAACACAAAUGUGUGUCCUGAAAACAGAAACAUCAGGGAGUUGCAGUGCUCCUUCUACAACAGCAAGCCUUUUAUGGGGAGAUUCUAUGAGUGGGAACCUUUUGCGGAAGUUAAGGGCAGUCAGAAAUGCGAACUUAAUUGCCGAGCAGUAGGUUAUCGGUUCUACGUGAGACAAGCAGAGAAGGUCAUUGAUGGAACGCCGUGUGACCAAAAUGCAACCUCCGUCUGCGUGUCUGGGCAGUGCAAGAGCAUUGGCUGUGAUGACUAUCUGGGCUCAGACAAAGUGGUCGACAAAUGUGGGAUAUGCGGAGGGGACAACACAGCUUGUCAAGUGGUCUCAGGGGUCUUCAAGCACACUCUGACCAACCUUGGCUACCACAAGAUAGUAGAAAUCCCAGAGGGCGCCACAAAAAUCAACAUUACAGAAAUGUCCAAGAGCAACAAUUACUUAGCACUGCGGAGUCGAUCAGGGCGGUCUAUUAUCAAUGGGAACUGGGCAAUUGAUCGACCUGGGCGAUAUGAGGGAGGAGGAACAAUGUUCACCUACAAACGCCCCAAUGAAAUCUCAAGUACUGCAGGGGAAUCCUUUCUAGCAGAUGGCCCAACAAAUGAAAUCUUGGAUGUCUAUAUGAUUCAUCAGCAGCCCAACCCAGGUAUACAUUAUGAGUACAUCAUUCCAGGGCCCAAUGUCAUCAGCCCUCAGGUGCCUCUUCAUCGACGGCCAGUUAUUGUCUCCAUUCCCCCAGGGGAGCCAUUCAAUGGCCAGUUGGAUGUGACAGAGACAGUGAAUUAUGAGGAGAAGGAUUUGCAUGGGGAGACAGGCACUCACAUGGGGCAGCCUGUGGGGACCUUUCCGGUGAUCCAGCCAGGAAGGUUUCCCUCUCAUCAGCCAGACAACCAGGUGCCUGCUGCUCAGCCAGCAAGACGCAGCCGAGAGCACAACUGGAAGCAAGUUGGAAUGACUGAAUGCUCCGCCACGUGUGGGAAAGGCUCACAGUAUCCCAUCUUCAGCUGCGUCAACCGAAAUAGCCACGAGGAGGUGUCUGAGAGUUACUGUGACACCAGCACCAAGCCCACCCCGGAAGAGGAAGCCUGCAACACCUUCCCGUGCCCAGCCUUCUGGGAUAUAGGGGAGUGGUCGGAAUGCAGCAAGACCUGUGGCCUCGGGAUGCAGCACCGCCAAGUCCUGUGCCGGCAGAUCUAUGCCAACCGCACCCUGACGGUCCAGUCACACCACUGCCACCAUCUGGAGAAACCAGAGACCACAAGUACGUGCCAGCUGAAGAUCUGCAGCGAAUGGCAAAUUCGGACAGAAUGGACAUCGUGCUCCGUGCCAUGUGGAGUGGGUCAGAAGACACGAGAUGUGAAGUGUGUCAGCAAUCUUGGAGAUGUUGUUGAUGAUGAAGAAUGUAACAUGAAGCUGCGCCCAAAUGAUAUCGAGAACUGUGACAUGGGCCCUUGUGCAAAAAGCUGGUUCCUUACAGAAUGGAGUGACCGGUGCUCAGCCGAAUGUGGCUCUGGUGUCCGGACACGCUCCAUCAUAUGCAUGACCAAUCACAUCAGCAGUUUGCCACUGGAGGGCUGCGGACACAACAGACCACCAGAGACCACACCCUGUGACAAUGGACCAUGUUUGGGGAAAGUGGAAUGGUUUGCUGGAAGCUGGAGCCAGUUCUAUGCAGGUUCAUUUGAGGGAGGCGAUCAGCCUCCAGUCUUUGAAAAAGAAUCUCCCGGUGCCAAAUGUCCUGCCUUCCUGUGGCAAGCGUCAGAAGAGUCGCUGAUCCAAAUGCAUGGCCAAGAGAUGCGGAGACUGUGAUUCCUCAUCUUCUACUGGUACGUCUUCUGAGUCCUCAGAUGCUGAUGCUGAUGUGGUUCUGGGUCUCUAUUGGGGCCACAGCGAAGGGGCUUCAGGACUCCCCAGGUGGGCAUGGCAGCGUAGAGUCAACACACAAAGGGCUAGGUAUGACCUUCCCCUCGAAUGCAUCAAUGGUGAACCGGUCAAGGACGCUAAAGUAUCGACCAGUGUGGAUAUUAUCCCUGGUGCCUUCCAGGAUGAGAAAUAGGAUAGUCAGUGGUCACUAUGUGGACAUUUUCAAACUCCUUCCCCCAAAUGAAUGCCCAGACAUGGAUAAGCAAGUCACAUCAGGAAAGGGCAAGGCUGACUCCCUUAAGGUGGAGUGAACAUUUGAGAGAUGGCUUGAUGCCUUUCAGGUUUUUGCGGGGGUAAUUUCUGCAGCUUAUCCCAAGAGACAUUUGCACCGGUGGAUAUAUCAAUCCUUGGUGUGUAAGGUCUUUGCAAUGGCUGGUGAGGCGGCAGCUAUAAGCUACGAUGAGAAUUUUUGUCGUCGGGCUGCCAAGAUCCCUUCUGUUCGAUGGGAUCAUAAGGAUCUGGAUGUGUGGACUACUUACGUCUUUCCUAACUUUGAAAGCAAGUCCACUGAGCAGCCAAAAUACAAGCAGGAUGUUAAGAAGCCAGGAAGGCGCCUUGUUUGUUGGGAGUAUAAUAAAGGGCCCUGCCAUCGUCAGGGAUGAAAGUCCUCUCACAUUUGUGACAAGUGCUUUGGGAGUCACCCGUCUACUUCAUGUGGAGUUAAGCGGCCCUUUCGAGGGGCGAGGAGAGGUCCUCAGCAUGAACAGAAAGGAUCCUCUCCUUCAGCAGCCUGCGAUGUCAAGUAAGGUCUUACUGACCUUAGCCCUUACUCCCAUUAAGCUGCCCGCCUUGUGGGCGUGGCUCUGCAAGUACCCCGACAUAGCUGCCACUUCCUAUCUGGCUUGGAUUUUCUGAGGGCUUUCGUAUCCCAGUGACAUUCCCGCCCAGGGCUACCAAGGUUGAAAACCAGAAGUCUGUCAGAAAAUUUGCCUGAUGUUGCUAAGAAAAAGAUUAGGAAGGAGUUGGCCCUGGGUAGGAUGGCGGGCCCAUUUGAGCACCCUCCUUAGACUUGCACCUUUCCCCUUUGGGUGUUGUGCCUAAGAAGGCCCCUGGUGAAUUUUGUUUAAUUCACAAUUUAUCUUACCCGUAGGGUUCAUCAGUAAAUGAUGCAAUACCUCCUGAGUUGUGUUCUGUGAAAUAUGCCACCUUUGAUUAAGCAGUUAAGUUGAUCAGGAGUUUUGGGAAAGGUGCACUUUUGGCAAAGUGUGACAUGGAAGCUGCCUUCCGCCUUCUUCCUGUUCAUCCACAUGUGGACAAGGCUAUGCCGAUGAGCUGCUCUGUAUCUUGUGCAGCUUUUGAGGCUUUCAGUACAUUUUUGGACUGGGCUUUGCAUACCAAGACUGGUUUUAGGGGCAUGACCCAUUAUGUGGAUGACUUUUUUUUUUUGAAGUUCUGCAGCCAAUUCUGAGGAAUGCUUGCAGUUGAUCAUAGCCAAAAUGCCAAGAAGCAAUGAGGAAUGCUCGUUAUUACUGCAAGCAUUUUAUGACCUAACUAAAGAGUUGGGUCAUGCCCCUAAAACCAGUCUUUGUCGUACCUUGGAAUUCAAUUGGAAAUUGUAGCUCAAACGUCCGCUUUCCCCAAAGUAAAAUUGGUGGCUUUGCGUGACAUUAUUAUGGAAUUUUUGCCAUGGGAAAAAGUUACUUUAAGGCAGAUUCAGUCCCUACUGGGCCAUUUGAAUUUUGCCUACAGGGUAGUUGCCCCUGGCCACCCCUUUUGCACAUGCUUGGCUAAACUCUGCAGGCCUGAGCUCACCCCAUCACCGGGUGCAGUUGCCCAGCGAGGUCAGGGCUGACCUCGAAACGUGGCUUGAAUUCCUGAGGGAGUUCAAUGGUGUAUCCUUGUGGCAGGAUACCUUGAAUCUGCAGUUUGAUUUCCAGGUUCACUCGGACGCUGCCGGUUCCCUGGGUUUCAGGCUUUAUUUCCGUGACCGUUGGUGCACUCAGAGGUGGCCUGAGCAGUACCACCUCAGUACCCCAGUACCCCAGUACACAGGAUUUAACCUGAGCAGUACCCCAGUACCCAGGAUUUAACCUUUCUUGAGUUUUUCCCCAUCAUAGUGGCAGUCCACAUCUGGACCAUGGAAUUCAAGGACCGGUGGGUCUGUUUCUGGUCCAAUAAUCAGGCUAGGGUGAGCAUGUUGGCAAAGCAAUCAUCCCACUCCAGAAGAGUUACACGCAUUUGUGCUGUGAUGCCUCAAAUUUAAUAUUGUAUUUUCUGCCUGUUUUAUUCCUGGCACUAAUAACGAUAUUGCUGACGUCGUAUCCUGUUUUCAGAUGGAGCGCUUCAGAUCCCUUGCUCCAGAUGCCAAGCAGUUUCCGGAAUAUUUCCCGGUUCAGCUUUGGAACCUUGGCAACAAUUAGUCUCGCAGGGAGUAGUAGCGUCUAUUUCUCCUUCCACUUUGAGGUCUUCUAAGAAGGCCUGGGUGGAUUUUAAAGUUUUAGAGCACAGCACUCCGCUAGCGAUAGUCUAGAGUCACCAUCCACGCACCAGGUGUUGCAGUAUUUGGCUCACCUUCAGUUUAUGGGUUGUGCUGUAAAGUCCAUCCGAAUUCAAUCUUCUGCCAUCUCAUUUUUCUGUAAGUCUCUUUAUUCUAGAGACCCUUGUGCACAAGUUUGUGGUGCACAAGGCUCUUGAGGGUUGGGCCAGGUUGCAGCCACCUAAGUCGCCAGAUAGGAGGCCAGUCACAUUCAAUAUUUUAUGCGCUGUAUGCAGCAAGCUGAGACUGGUUUGCCGGUUGAUUUAUGAGGUGAGACUCUUUCUAGUGGCUUUUUCAACUGCAUUCUUUGGUGCACUACGUGGGGGCGAAGUGGUGCUGGAGUCAGCACAGGGCAGGGCUCCCAAGGGCUUGCUUUUGCUGGAUAUUCAGUCGUCUGACGUUGAGCUGGUGCUCACUAUUCGUAAUUCAAAAAUGGACCAAUUGGGCAGAAGUGCCUUGAUGAAGCUGCUUGCCACUGGUAAGCCUGGCCCUUGUCCGGUUAAGGAUGCCAAGAAAUAUUUGUCACUUCGCCCUCCUGGGGGUGGUCCCUUCCUGGUCCACAUGGAUGGGUCACCAUUGAGGAGGCAGCAAUUUGCUGCAGUAAUGUGCAAGGCACUGGCCACGUGCGGCCUGUCGGCCGGUGCGUUUGCACAUCAUUGCUUUUGCAUUGGGGCAGCCUCCACCGCUGCACAUUGGGGCCUGUCCAUUGAUGGGAUUAAGGAUCUGGGCCACUGAAAGUCUGAUGCAUACAGGGGUUAUGUGCAGAAGCAGCGCUGAGGUGCAGUUAUUAAUAUUGUUCUGUUCAUUCCUAGGUCCACCCACCCUGCACAUCUGGAUAGUCGGGCACAGCAUUGUCCACUGGGCCAGCUAGAGGGUGGUGGAGUCUGGAUUUGGACGCAGGCUUGGGCUCCCUGACCACGUGAGCGUAUCGUGGGUGUCCAGACGAGGAAUGCGUUGGGAGGAGCUUCUCCCAACAGUGCGGGCAAAGGUGUCUGCGGAAGGCAUGCUUGUGGCAGUGGUGGUGCAGCUGGGCGAGAACAAUCUGCCAGAAGCUCCCGGCUUGAGCCUGCGGACCUGCAUGCAGGAGGACUUGGAAGAGUUGAAGGCAGCUCUUCCCGGACUCAAAAUUUUCUGGUCGCAGCUGCUGCAGCAAUGUAUGUGGCGAGGAAGCUGAUGCCCAGCUGCCACUGAGAGGGCCAGGAGGCACGUCCAGAGUGCAGUGGCCAAGAAGGUUCUAGCUUUGGGCAGGACGGUGAUCUGUCACCCGGGCAUUACCUUCCGUGAUGUGUCCCUUUACAGGCUUGGCGGUGUUCAUCUGUCUGUGAUUGGGAAUGAUUUGUGGCUGACCUCCGUGUCAGCGGGGUUAAGGGAUUGUUUACAGGUGUGAGUGGUUGGCGGAGAGCAUGGGUGCUCUCGUGGCGGAUAGGCUCUGGUUCAGGUGAUAGGGAUGGGGGAUGUGAUGGCCUGGGACUCGGGCUCGGACUCUGAACCAGAGGAGUCUCAGUCUGCACUGGAUCCUCUGCCUCGGACAUCAGCUGAACCAAGUCUGGGGCCUAAUUCUGAGGAGCCUCAGUCUGCACAGAUUCCCCUGCAACAAGCACCAGCUGAGCCGAGUCAGGGGCCUGAGCCUGUCCUGGCUCCAGAAGCAGGGAAUACUUUGUUGCCGUCAGCUGGGUCUUCACAAACAGCUGGUCCACUACCGGCUGAGUCAGGAGAGGCUGAGGCGGCUCCUGGGUCUAGUAACCCACCAGCGUCUCCCGAGCUGCAGAGACUCAGGUCUGAUUGAAGGAGAGACCUGAGUACUCGCAGGAGGAGUGCUCGCCUUCGGGCGAGACAGGGUGGUGAGUCGUCGGGGGAUUGCGACCGGCCAUUACCCCAUCAGAGAUAAAAAGCUGUCAGACUCCACCCCAGGUUGCGGGAACAACAUUGCUGCAUGCCAGAUCCUGCCUGUGUUCCUGUUCCUGACCAAACCCCAACAGGGUCAAUUUCACCAUUCCUCACCUCUGAUAAAUGCACCACUUUCUCAGGAGAACAGUGCACCACUGAGGAGACUCCGCCCCCCCCCCCCCCGGCCUAAUUUAGUUAGACUGCAACCCAGCCACCUCAACUGCUGGCAGGACUUUGCAGAGGGGCAGAGCUACUGCCUCACCCACAAUGGCCACAGUGAAGGGUGAGGGUGGCAGGGAAAUUCAAGACUGGCACAGCAGUCAAGCCUGGAUAAGGCCCAAUGCUGCCUCAGUGGGUGCUGCUGCCACCCACACUCAGAAUGCCCCAUUUCAGGGCUUUCCUCAGAGCUCUGCCAGCAAAGAACCAUCACCAUCAUCUAAACUGCUUAAAGCCCAAAUAGACUUUUCAGUAAUACUGAAGUGAAUUCACAAAUUUUACAAGCAUUGAAAUAUGUGGGACGUGGGUGGCACUGUGGUGUAGCUCCCAUUGUUUGGUCCCUGCUCCUGCCCACCUAGCAGUUCAAAAGCACGUCAAAGUGCAAGUAGAUAAAUAGGUCCCGCUGCGACGGGAAGGUAAACGGUGUUCCCGUGUGUUGCUCUGGUUCGCCAGAAGCGGCUUAGUCCUGCUGGCCACAUGACCCAGAAAAACUGUCUGUGGACAAACGCUGGCUCCCUCGGCCUAUAGAGAGAAAUGAGUCGUUCAUGACUAGAUCUAACGGUCAGGGGUACCUUUACCUUACCUUUUACAAGCAUUGAAAUAUAACCAACCAUACUAUUAAAAAUGCAAUUAAAAUAAUCCCAUUAAAUCAGGAGACUCAGGUUAAGAGAUCAAGGUCUGUUACAGGGCAAGAAAUGUUGUUGGGAGGUAAUAUUUUGAUAAGAAAUGUGCCCAUGGGGAAAAGAAACAUAAUCAGUCCUCGCUGACUGCAGCUUUAGACAACUGCUUGUGGAUUCAUUGUUUAAGUAAACAAACAAACAAACAAAGUCUCAUGCAACUGACUGCAAAUGUGUAGUUUGACCCUUCAUAUAUUUCCAUAAUCUUAAAGUGGAACAAGACAUUUCUGUGGCGCGAGAAGAGUCCUGACCUAUUUGCCUUAUUCUCAUGGACUGAUAUAGCUGCUUUGCUAAAGAGAACAGUUAUUAAACCUGAAAGGUGGAGCCUCCUGUCUGUUUUGCUUGCUGGGCAAAAUCAAUUAAUCCUUCUGAUUCAAGUCAAACGAUUGCAGCAUUAUCUGUCUUUGGGAACAAAGUUGUGAUAAAGACAAAGGGGCAAAGUGUAAAAACCAAAGACCAGCUGCUUCUCCUUCACCACACAGGAACAAACAGGAACAAAAAAUACAGACAAGUUCUGACAAUAUCCACCAGCAACCGGUAUAACAACAACAACAACAACAACAACAACAACAACAGCAACAUUCUUUAUACCCCACCCAUCUGCCUGAGUUUCCCUAGCCAAUCUGGGCAGCUUCCAACACAUAUAAAAACAUAAUCAAUGUCAAACAUAAAAACUUUCUGACACAGGGCUGCCUUCAGAUGUCUUCUAAAAGUUCUGUUUAGAAUUUGCUAACAGCUGCAAAAAAAUUGAUGGUGAAAAAAUGGUUAUAUUUUGCGCUCUCUCCAUUGGGGGUGGGGAGAGAAGCUAGUUCACUUAUGGAGAUCGGGUGAAAUAUCUUAAUUCAUCAAAUUUGCCUAUUGAAAAUGGUAAGCAACCAAUUGAGGUGGGGGGUGGAGCUACCUCCAUUACAUUUACUACAAUGUGCUCUGUGCCGCUUCCCUUGCACCUAUCCCGAAGCUGUGGUUAGUGCAGAAUACUGCAACAUGAUUGCUGGCAGGAGUGAGGCCGUGUCAGGGUAUAACACUUGUGCUCAGAGAUCUUCACUGGUUGCCCAUUUGCUCUCGGGCCACGUUCAAGGUGAUACUAUUAGUAUAUAAAGUCAUUAACAACAUGGGACCUGUUUACCUGCAAGAAUACCUCUUAUGCCAUAUAUGCCCACUCAACCACUUUGAUCAAUGGAACUGGCCCUUUUACAGGUGCCCCAUAAUACCUGUUCAACAUCUGUUAGAAAUGGAUCUUUGAUGUUUGGCAGCACCUGCACUCUGGGACACGGAGCCUCUUCACGCCAGGCAGGGGCCUUUCUGCACUCUUUCCAGCGCCUGCUAAAAACAGUUUUGUGUAGACGAGCCCCUAGACAUGUAGAGUGUUGAAGUAUGGUUUAAUCUGUUUUUAGUCUAUUGCUGAUUUUACCUUUUGAGCACAUUAAAGAGUUGUUUUUAUCUGCUUUUACUGAUAAGAGUAUUAUUCUAUUCUGUCUGUAAAUCUCUUCUUUGCUUCAUAAAACUUAUAAACCACUUGGUUGCAGGAAACCUCAGAGCGGUUUCCAAACAGAAUAGAAAAAUGUGACUAUUAAUUAAAAAAAAACAAUUAAAAUUAAGCAUUCAACUAAAAAGACAGUCUACAGUUUAUGAAGUAAGUGAGUAUGUAUCUCCACCUCUGUUUUCUGUUUCUUUAUAUAUAGUGCUCCAUUGAAUGCGGCCGUGGAACUCAGCAGAGAGAAGUGAUUUGUAUUCGAAAAACUGAAAGCAGCUUUGACAUGCUGAGCCCUGAGGAGUGCUCAUUUCUGGAGAGACCUCCCAGCCAGCAGACCU